GUGAGGUAGAGAAUUUAUCUAGAGUUUAAAUUUCCGAACUGGUUUUUAUUAUUUUUUUUCUUGAAGUAUUAUGCUUCGAUAUACUUAUUAGGAUUUUAGUUAAGAGUAGCCGGUUAGCUGCAACUCAUCAUUAUGUGAGGGGUUCGAGUCUCCCUUUUGUUUAUUUUUUUUCUUUGAAAGCUUAUGAAAAGGAAUAAAUGAAGUGUUUUUGAAUUUUGAAAAUUUUCUAUUUUGCACAUAAGAGUAAUUUGUGAAAUGCAUUUAUUAUCAUUACCAUUACAGUUCGACCCAUUGACCAAAACUGCUACAUAUGCCACUACUUCCCUCAGGUGAGACAGAGGAGGAAUUCUCGACUAGGUUGGCAAAUAACUUGGAAGAUCUCAUCCUCAAAGAGGGGCCCGAAACCAUAGCUGCUUUCAUUGCAGAGCCUGUCAUGGGGGCAGGCGGUGUAAUACCACCACCAGCAACUUAUUUUGAUAAG